GCAGGCGCCGGCGGCACUUCCGGGGUCGCCUCUGGGCGGGCGGGCGGGGGGCUCCCGGCGCUGCGGAUCCGUGCGCCCCGAGCCCGGCCCGAGCCGCGGGAUGCCGGCGCGCGGCGCGGCCCAGCUUUCCCGCAGAAUGGGGCAAAAAAAGCAGCGGCUGUUGGAGGCAGAACGGCAUCCAAGUCCACCAGACAGAGCCCAGAUGCUUGCCCCUCUGGAGCCCUGCUUGGGGCCGCCUGCAGCCCUGAGCCCCCAGCGCAGCAUCUACUUCUCAAGCCCAAAAAGCCACUCUGCACAGCUGGGAUCUGAGUUUUUCGACCAGCCCGCUGUCCCCCUGGCACGGGCAUUUCUGGGACAGGUCCUGGUUCGACGACUUGAUGACGGCACAGAGCUCCGCGGCCGCAUUGUGGAGACGGAGGCAUACUUGGGGCCAGAGGAUGAAGCUGCCCACUCUAGGGGUGGCCGGCAGACCUCCCGCAACCGUGGCAUGUUCAUGAAGCCAGGAACGCUGUAUGUGUACAUCAUCUAUGGCAUGUACUUCUGCAUGAACGUCUCCAGCCAAGGGGAUGGGGCGUGUGUCCUACUGCGAGCGCUGGAGCCCCUGGGGGGCCUGGAGACCAUGCGGCAGCUUCGCAGCACCGUCCGCAGGGGCGCCGCGGGCCGCGCCCUCAAAGACCGCGAGCUGUGCAGCGGCCCCUCCAAGCUGUGCCAGGCCCUGGCCAUCGACAAGAGCUUCGACCAGCGGGACCUGGCCACGGACAAAGCUAUGUGGUUGGAGCGCAGCCCCCCGGGGUCCAGUGAGCCAGCCGUGGUGGCGGCAGCCCGAGUGGGCGUUGGCCGUGCGGGAGAGUGGGCCCAGAAGCCCCUGCGCUUUUAUGUCCGGGGCAGCCCCUGGGUCAGCGUGGUAGACAGAGCAGCUGAGCAGAACGCACGGGCCUGAGCAAGGGUCCGCUCCGACAAGGCUUUUUAAUUGUUUAAGAACCAAAUAAAUGCUUCAUGUCUAGA